CUGGCAUGAGGUAAAAUAGUCUCCCCUUGUCACAAUGCUUUCACACUGGAAUAUUGUGCAAAACAUGGUCAAACUUCAAAACGAGUUUACAUGCUGAUCAGAAGCAUCUCAAUUUUACCAGCAGAAAGAAGAAUAACCAUAAAGCAAGUAAUAAAAUAAUACAGCAAGAAAAAUACUGAAAUUAUGGAUAAAAAUAUUGAACAUUUAUAUUUUAAUAUCAUCAGCUUUAACAAUAUUUUGCAUUCCUUCAAAUCAAACAGGCCCCCCCCCAUCCCAAGUAGUUAGAAUAAAGCUUAAGAAAUGGUGAUUAAAUAUAAAAACCACCAUAAAUGUGGUAACAGCCGGCAUUAAACAUCAUUAACUACCUCAAACCACCCAAUGAGUUAUGGUAUAAUAUAUUGUCAUUAGUAGUAACCAUGGUGGCACACCAACCCUAUUCUAGAUUCAUAUAAACAAACAGGUAAGAACUACAAUCAGGCUAACAUAUCCCCUUAUAAACAGAAAAAUUAAAAAUAAAUAAAUGGUAUAAAAAGGAGCUUGCUAGUCUAUCCUCACUAUAAUGUAAAUAAAUUUAAACUAGUGUUAUUUUUUAACGGAAUUAAAGAUGGGGCUUUUACAUUCUUUCGUAGCGAGAAGUAUAAACAUGCAGAAGGUAGGAAAUUAAAUAAAUAAAAGCUAAAGUCGAACAGUAUACUCAAAAAAUAGUAUAUCUCCAUCACAAAGUGAGUAUUUGUCCUGUAUCUGUGCAUGCGAAUUUUUUAUUCCGAGAACCUAAGUUGUUCCUUUUCACCGAAGAAAGUGAUCUUUGUUUAUUUUACUCAGUUGUAAAUCAUUCACACUUGGAUCGCCUGAGUUGUUUAAAUGAAAGUCCGACCUGACAAAGUGAUCCCAUUUUUUUUUUUUUUUUUUUUUUUUUUUGUCUGUGAGGGGGUUAGGGUGUUUAACGGGACGUAAGUGGAAUAAGAGAAAACUGUGAAUGUGAAAAAAAAGAAAGACAAAAUGAGACUCGAACAGAUCUUCAGACAGAAGUUCAUUAUCAGGAAGAAUAGAUGUUUAUGUCAGCUAAUAUGAGGGGAGUAUUUUUUGGAGAACUAAAAAUACUUUUUAAUUAAUAAGCUUGAUCAAUGAGGUCUUAAUGAUUGCAUUAUUUCUCUUGUUUGGAAUACGUUUCUAUGGUUACUCUUGAACUGCUGUUAUCACUAGUCUUAUUGUUUAAAGACAUAGCCCCUAGGACUUUAAAAAAUAGGUCUGCCCCUACCUCCAGGAUUACAGAAGUUACUUCUGAAUGGACAUCUGUUAAUAGAACCUGCUGCUUUGCUGUGAUGUCACCGUAGUUGUUGGCAUCACAACCUCGAUGUUUGCCAUGUUACCUGCAGUCUCAGGUGAAGUCGUGGAGCUUCAGGUAAGGAAGUCCAUCAGACGCCAUCGUGACGAGCGCGGACAUGUGUUACGAAAUCGUGACAACAUGAAGAGGGAGGUGUAAAGAUCUCCACCCUCUCGAACAAACAACCCCAAAGGUAAAACUCCUGACAAGUUGCAUUCUACUUCAGAAACUGGCAGAUUUAUAGCGAUUUGUCUCAGUGUUUUAUGUUUGUGGACAGGAAGGUCAGGACAAGAAUUGUCUCUUCUUAUCAGCCACAGGGAAUUUUUCCUUUACACUCAGAGAUCCUACCCGAGGUGGGAGAAUGAUUUUCUUUUUCUCGCAUUAGACUCGCUUCCAAAAAGCAAACGGUCGUUGCAUGAUUCGGUGACAAAAGUUGGACAUGAACCUCGCCAGUCUGUUGCCCUGCCUUCGGCUCUUCAUUCUCGGAGCUGUGCUUAUACAAGGUGUUAGAUGUGACUGUAAACAGCCAUGCCAGAAUGAUGGGGUGUGUUUCAACGAUACUUGCAUCUGUAGCACGAACUACACAGGAUCGGAAUGUCAGAUCCGUCACCCUUGCUCCUCCUCGCCCUGCAUGAAUGGCGGGAACUGCUCGAAGAGAGGAGACAAGUAUCGGUGUGUGUGUCCUGCUGAUUUCUCAGGUUCUCACUGUGAGUGGGUGAACCGUUGCAAGUCGUCUCCAUGCCUGAAUGCUGGUUCCUGCCGAACUUGGGAGUCCCGCUACUUCUGUAUCUGCUCCACUGCUUUCACCGGCACCAACUGUGAACGUGCUCGCUCCACCUCCCCAGCCCCUACCUCCACCCGCUUACCUCACACCCACACCCACUCGUCGUCCCUGGUGCUGCUGGCCGUCGUGGCGGUGCUGCUGGCGCUGGUUGUGGUGACGACGCUGGGCUGGUGUUGUUGGUGCAAGGUUCGGCGCCGGUAUCUCGGGUGCACACGGCCGGCAGGAAGGCAGGAUGCGGCUACCCGGGUGCACAUCCCAGGGUUCAGCUUCUCCCAGCUGCUGGAGUCCCAGGGGUCCGGCGAGGUGCAGGGAGGCUUCUACCCGGUGUGGACCACCCCGCCGUCCUACUGCUCCCUGCAAGGUGACACUAAACCUCUGGAAUUUCCUCCGCCGUAUGACGAGCUUGCUUUGGAUGCGAUCGCAACGCCUGCUGGCGGGAAACCUUUGCAGGGGGCAGAGAACUGGGUGUCGACACGGUGACCUCCCCUGCUCCGAGAGAACUCAGCGUAGUGGGCAGCACGGAGUUGUCGGUCCCGCCAGAGGAAGCAGCCAGGAUGUCUGAAGAACUGACAGAAGGCAAGAGUGGAGGCGCUGAGGUGUCGCACACACCUGACCAACAGUCAGCAGUGAAAACAGACAUCAGUGAUGUCUAGAGAGAGGAAUGGUGUGUUAUCGUCCUUCUGGUUAGAAAGACUUUUCUUUGUCUUGCUGAUUGAGGACAUCGCUGAUUAUACGAUAGAAAGUAAUUAUGAGCUCUCACAGUGAGCGUAGGCAAUAAUCAAAAUCAGUGACCAAAGAAAGUGACCAUCAACGAUAAUGAUCACAUAUAGCGAUCUGAAACAGUGAUCAUGGAGUUACAGUGACUGAGACAGAGAUCAUAAACAGUGAUCAUAUAUAAUGAUAGUAACAAUCAUAGUGAAGUGAUUGCAGACAAUGAUUUGAGACAUUGACCAUACUCAUCACAGCCAAUGAUCGUCGAGUUAUCACAGGCAAUGAAAAUAGACUGUUAUCACAGAUGAUGAUUCGAAAGUGGGAUCAUAAACAAAGCUGCGGCGAUCACAAUGAUUGUAGACAGUGAUUGUAGAAAUAAUUUUCACGAAGAGGGAUUAUGGACAAUCAUUCAAGACAGCAAUCAUAGACAAUGAUGACAUAAUGCUUUGAUCAUGGAGUUACCUACACAAUGAUUCGAAACAACGAUUGUAGUCAUCGGUGAUAAACGAGUAAUCACAGACAAUGAACAUGACUAUUAUCAUAGACAGUGAUUUGAGAGAGCAAUCAUCACCAGAACCCUGAUUGUUGAUUGUGAUUCAAGACACUGAUCAUAGACAUUGAUCAUAUAAAGAAAUCAUUUAAAGAGUUUACAACGAACGAAAAUGAUCGAAUACCGUGAUAGAAGCCAUCAGUCAAAUCAAAUUACUAGAAAAAGUGUUCUCAGAAAAUAAUCACAUGCAAUGACUAUACUGUUUCCCUAAGAUAACGAGAAGAAAGACAUUAUCAGUAAACUUGUUGACAAACAAG